AUGGCUGAACCAGUAUGGGGCGACAGCUACGCGGUGCCAUUUCUCCGCAUGGAGACGCGAGACCCAGUUUGGCGCGGCGCUGGAUUUGCUUGCCGAGCAAUUCGUCGCUGGUGGCGGCUGACAACGGACAGUCAUUAUCUCGCGUCGUCAGCAAGCCGGAGAACUUUUUGGAAGUAUUAUUGGGUUACGAUUGUUUUUUGGCUUGCUCUUUGGUUGUGCUUGUUAUGUGUGGGAACGGUUCAAUUUGUUGGUUUGGGUGCUGCCUUAAUCCAGGCGUUGAUGUUGUGCUUGCUGUUGUCCCCGGCAAUGGCGGCAUUGCCAACGACAUCCCUGUGGUCGGAUUUCUUCAUAUCCACCAUGUUAUGUGGAAUAAUUUGGUUCGUUUUCUUACAAGCUCCCAUGAAUGCUAUUACCAUGCAGCUCCCGUUGUUCAUUCUUUUGUGCUGGGCCUAUGGGUUGCACAGUUGCUUUGUCUUGCAGUUCAGCAUUUCUGGAAUCAUCUGCUGUUGCGUUUGCGCUCCAAGCUUGGAUUUGCUCAUACACGUCGAAGCCGUUGCGGUUAUGGUCCCAGUUUUCCUCCUUGAAUGGCAGUCUGUGUCCCAUUUCAACAAAAUGCAACAGGUCUUGAACGUUUUGACGGACGAGCAGUUGAUCGUAAACAGGAGCAGUGGCAUCGUUGUCAGCGUGAGCACAGGGGCGUCGGACUUAAUAGGCGAAGGCGCUGUUGGAACACAAGUAUCCCAAUUCGCACACAUCAGUGAUCGUGCCAAAAUGGAGCAUCAGUUCAGAACGAGCAGGGGGCAACCCUCGGAUAGCUUCCUAGCCACGCUUCACUGCAUGGAUUCAAACGGUAUACCCACGCACGAGUUCGAGGUUCGCAUCAUAACCUACGAGAUCACCGGGCAUCUUCUGCACAUCGCCCUUCAGCUCGUGGGCGAGGUGAGGCUGUGCCACCUUGACAAUCGCAGCGCCGAGCAGCCACCGAUGAGCAAUUCGAGCGCCGCUUUGGCCCUGACCGAGGGCCCCUCACUGCAGGGAGGUCGCGCGGCACCAGCUGCGCACCAAGGGCACUGGGGAGAUGGCCAGCAGUUGACAGUCCACGGAGAGGAAGAAGCAGCGGCCGCCGACCACCAGAGCCUCGGCCUGCUGCUCGGACAGGCGAGCAGCGAGCCGUCGGCCGUACACCGAGGGCGCCAGGGCGACGGCGAGACGUCGGGACACUGCGGGGGCAGCGAGGCGUCGACCUGCGCGGAGGCCCGCUGGAACGCUGGGAAGGCGGUGGGGAUGACGAGGUCCCAGCACCCGCGCGCCAAGUGGGCGGGGACGGCGGAGCGCAAGCCGCCCGCCAAGGGCGCGGCGUUGAGGCGCAGGCUUGCGGGAG